GGAGAAAUGAAGUUGAAACUGCCGUCUUUCGCUGCUUUGCACCCACCCACCGCCCCGAGCACUUCCGAAGGUUUUCCGUACCCGCGAAAUUUUCUCUUCUGGCCGGUUUCCCCGUGUGCGCUUCUCCAGCUUCAUUCCAUCCUAUCCCUCUACUUUGCCUCUUUCUCCUCCCCCCCCAUUUGCGCUUCCCUUAAUUGGUUUGGGAUCUGGGGUCGGUUUGCACUUGCUUCAAUUGCUACCAUCCCGUAGUUUGUAUCAUAUUCCCUUUUCUUUCCUAUCUCUCUCCCGUUCCGUUUUCUUUUUAAUUUCUCCACCGCUACCCGAUUCUUCUUCGGGUUCGAGUCACCAAGUCGUCGCCAGGUCGCUACGCUUCUUUCUUACUCCGAUCACUCUUCCUUUCUUACCGUCCGGUCAAUUCAUCAAUCAGUCCGCCAAGAUGUCCCAGACCAAUGGCGAAUUGGAGCACUCGAAAGAGUCGCCCGAACAGCUUCUCAACGGGGACGCCCCCGUGGAGGGCCAGGAAGAAGAUAUCAACGGUGGUCUCUUCCAGAUCUCCGUGAAGUUGCCUCGUGAGCCCUAUAAGAUCCAGGUCAUGGUGUCGAGUCAAGAACAAGUUCAGGAUGUCCGCCAAUCGAUUGUUGAACUGCCCAGCACCUUCCAGUACACCUGCUUCCAUCUCGAGUUCAACGGACAGCGCAUCAAUGACUUCGUUGAAUUGUCGGAGGUACCGGACCUCAAGGCUGACUCGGAGAUUGUCCUUGUGGAGGACCCUUACAACGAGAAGGAGGCCCGCAUGCACGUCGUCCGCAUGAGGGAGUUGGUCGGUGCCGCUGGUGACCGCGUCGAUAACCUCCAUGGCCUCAGCGCGGGCUUGUCUCUGCAUGAUGCUAUUGCGGCCAACGCCGAGGAGUCUAACUCCGACAAGGAUCACUCCUUGUCCAAGUACGAGAUCGCUAGCUCCCCGUCUCUGAAGACCAUCCUCCCCCGCACGGAGGUUCCUCUUCCCAAGACUGUGAAGGCCAUCUCGCUUUCUGCUUGGAACCCUCCCCCCUAUCACCUGCGUCAGAAGGGUCACUUGCUCUACCUCCAGGUCACCACCAACGAGGGCGAGCAGUUCCAGAUCACGUCGCACGUCUCUGGCUUCUACGUGAACAAGUGCUCCAACAUGAAGUUUGAUCCUUCUCCGAAGACUAUUCCCAAGAACGGCAAGGCCCACUCGCUGCUCUCUUUGAUCGCCCACCUGUCGCCUUCUUUCAGCUCCUCUUUCGAAGCGCUUCAGGAGAGCAACAACAAGAAGGAUCUUUUGACCACCUUCCCCUUCCAGAACGCUAUUCCCAACAACCCAUGGUUGGUGCCUUCCCCCGCCUCGAACGCCAACGCACACCAGGCAGAUAUCACCCGCUCCCAGGAGAACUACCUGAUUUCUGGUGUCGACAAUGCAGAGACCCUGAGGGACUGGAACGAGGAGUUCCAGACUACCCGGGAGCUUCCCCGGGACACAGUCCAGGACCGUGUGUUCCGCGAGCGCCUGACAUCCAAGCUGUUUGCUGAUUACAACGAGGCUGCUGCUCGCGGUGCGGUUCUGGUCGCCCGUGGCGAGGUCGCCCCCUUGAACCCCACCGAGAGCCGUGACGCCCAGAUCUUUGUGUACAACAACAUCUUCUACUCCUUCGGUGCUGACGGCGUUGGUACUUUCGCUUCCGAGGGUGGUGAUGAGGCUGCCCGCGUUGCUGUCGGUAAGGAUGUCUUGGGUAUCAAGGCUGUUAACCAGCUUGACAUCAAUGGCCUCUUCACGCCCGGAACCGUUGUUGUUGACUACCUUGGCAAGCGUAUCGUUGGUCAGAGUAUCGUUCCUGGUAUCUUCAAGCAGCGGGAGCCCGGUGAGCACCAGAUCGACUACGGUGGUGUCGAGGGUAAGGAUGUUGUGGCCACCCACCCCGAUUUCGUGUCCGUCUUCGAGAAGAUGUCCAAGGCUCUUCGUGUCAAGAAGCACGCCGUCUGGGACAAGGAGAACCAGCGUCACGAGCUUGAGGGCAGCGUGGAGACCAAGGGUCUACUGGGCACCGAUGGCCGCAAGUACGUGCUUGACCUGUACCGCGUGACCCCGCUGGAUGUCUCGUGGCAGGAGGAAGAGGGCAACGAUGUCUACCCUCACCGCAUGUCGGUCUUGAGACUGGAGCUCGUUGAGUCUUACUGGAGGCACAAGAUGAGCCAGUACGUCAAGGCUGAAGUUGAGCGCCGCCGCCAGGCCAAAGCUGAGGAGGACGCCUCUAAGGAAAAAUCCGAAGAGACCACUGAGUCUCAGGAGAAGGGCGCCGAGGAGAAGUCCGAGGAGAAGUCCGAGGAGAAGACUGAGGAGCAGGCGGAUCAGGAGCGCGUUGACAUCUCUGGAUUCUCGUUUGCCCUGAACCCCGAUGUCUUCAGCGGCCAAGUUCCUCAGACCGAUGAGGAGAAGGAACAGUGGGCGCAGGACGAGAAGGAAGUCCGCGAGACUUGCGACUACUUGCGCUCUAAGGUCAUGCCCGAGCUCAUCCAGGAUCUGCAUGACGGAGACGUUGGUUUCCCCAUGGAUGGACAGUCCCUCAGCCAAUUGUUGCACAAGCGCGGUAUCAACAUCCGUUACCUCGGCAAGCUGGCGCAGCUGUCCAAGGAGAAGGGCGCUCGUCUGGACGCCCUGACCACCCUCCUCGUCCAGGAGAUGAUUGCUCGGGGCUUCAAGCACCUUGCCAACCAGUACCUCCGCAACGUCCCCGCUCCCUUCAUUACCUCGUGCAUUGCCCACUUGUUGAACUGCCUCCUGGGUGCCGACGUCAACCCCAACCCUCGCGCUGAAAUUGACGCUGCUUUGCGCUCGAUCUACCCCGAGGGUGACUUCUCCUACGAGAAGGUCACUCCGGCCGUUCUCCGUGCCGAGAUCGAGAAGCAGAUUACCAUUCGGUACCGCUUCACCUUGGAGGCUGAGUGGUUCAACUCUCUGCGCCACCUGCAGCUUCUUCGCGACAUCUCCAUCAAGCUUGGUCUCCAGCUUGGUGCCCGCGAAUUCGCCUUCGACAAGUCCCAGCUCCCGGCUAAGGUGCCUGCCACCAACGGUGCCAACGGCUCCGCCCAAGAAGAGAGCAACGGCAAGAAGAAGAACAAGAAGAAGGGUGGAGACUCCAGCUCCCCUGCUCGUGCCCCCGUGGAAGAGAAGCCGGCUCUCACCAUCUCGGCCGAUGAUAUUCUUAACAUCGUGCCCCUCGUCAAGGACGCCUCUCCCCGCAGCUCGCUCGCUGAGGAGGCUCUUGAAGCCGGACGUAUUUCUCUCAUGCAAAACCAGAAGCAGUUGGGCCAGGAGCUUAUUCUGGAAUCCCUGUCGCUGCAUGAGCAGAUCUACGGCAUCCUCCACCCUGAGGUUGCCAAGCUCUACCACCAGCUGUCUAUGCUCUACUACCAGACGGAUGAGAAAGAGGCGGCUGUUGAGUUGGCUCGCAAGGCUGUCAUCGUCACUGAGCGCACUCUGGGUGUUGACUCCGCCGAUACGAUCCUGAGCUACCUCAAUCUCAGUCUGUUCGAGCACGCUUCCGGAAACACCAAGACUGCCUUGGCAUACAUCAAGCACGCUAUGGACUUGUGGAAGAUCAUCUAUGGUGCCAACCACCCUGAUUCGAUCACCACCAUGAACAACGCUGCCGUCAUGCUGCAGCACUUGAAGCAGUACUCCGAUUCCCGGAAGUGGUUUGAGGCCUCCCUGGUUGUGUGCGAGUCGCUCUUUGGCAAGCAGUCCAUCAACACCGCCACCAUUCUAUUCCAGCUCGCCCAAGCAUUGGCUCUCGACCAAGACUCCAAGGGUGCGGUUGCUAAGAUGCGUGAUGCCUACAACAUCUUCCUCAGCCAGUUGGGUCCCAACGACCGCAACACCAAGGAAGCUGAGACCUGGCUUGAGCAGCUCACCCAGAACGCUGUCUCUAUUGCCAAACACGCCAAGGACAUCCAGGCUCGCCGUCUGCGCCGUAUCAACAUGACCCCCCGCACUCUGGGCACCAAGGUCCAGCCCCAGGUUGGCCAGUCCGCCCCCGAGGCUGCCGGAGCCAGGAACGGCUCCUUGGACGCUCGGAGCAUCGAUGAACUGCUCAAGUUCAUCGAGGGUGGCGACCAAGGCUCUUCCAAGGCCAAGCAGAAGAAGCGUGCCGCAGCCAGCAACCCCAAGCUCCGUGGAUCGAAGAAGUCUUCGGCUUAAAAAGUUCGAAUGUCCUCCUCUUUUUCCUUUUUAUGAUGAGGUUAUUGGGUAAAACGAAAAGCUGCUCUGGUUUUGUUUCCUUGGCUUAACAUUGUCUUAACAUGAAUAUUGUAUUUUGACCCUAUAUAUCCUUGUCAAGGGUCAAUAUGUUGGAUGAGCGGAAUGUCUGUAUUUUUCUGUAAAACUCUCUCUACUCUUUUACACCGAUUGGUGCUCAUGGUCCUAUGUCGACUAUACACUUCUUUAUUUCUCGUUCUUUGUCGCGGGCAGAGCAUAGCAAGGUCGGGCGAUUCGCAUGCUAUAUCUGGUUGUGUUUCCAUGUACUAUAUAUGACCGGUGGCCUUUAACAUGUGUCUGUAAUGAAUCUUGACGUAUCAUGCUGAGUUCAUCUGUUCUUGUGAUGG